GCUUUAUUUCUGAUUUGCAUUUUCCGUGGCUGAGUGAAUCGGCUGACUUCCGUUUUCUUUUUCUGUUACAGAUUUUGUGCGCAGGUGACUCCUGCUGUGAUCUGUUUGCACUCACAUCGACAGCCACUGAGAUUCUUUUUCGUGAGGCACCAGGAAACUUUUCAGUAGAAGUUGUGUCUGAUUCGAAUAACCUGAGUCAGUCUCCUUUCCAAAGUGACGGACAGACUUCGUUUCGGGACCUGGUUCCUGGGAUGCAUUACAAUUUCAGCUUUUUAAAUGACUCUACUGUCUGCUGUCGUAAACAAGUGCAAACACGGCUCAGUCCUGUGUUUGACAUUGAAGUUGGUUCCGUCAGUUCAACCGCUGUGCCCCUGAUGUGGAAAAACAAUGACACAUUUGCCUCUACUUACAUGUACAGAGUAGAGAGUGAGGAGGAAAACAAGCGUCUGAUUUCUGUUCUAAAUCAAACAAGCAUUGACAUCACAGACUUAAGUCCUGCUACUUCAUAUAUGUUCUCCAUCACUCCAGAAAUAAACAACAAUUCUGGAGCUCCCAGGACCAUAAAUGUCACAACGGAGCCCCUUCCAGUUUCUGGUCUUCACGUGGUCUUUGUGGGUGUGACGAAAGUCACUCUUGCCUGGAAGAAUGAUAAUAGCACUGCCACCUGCCGGAUGCUCCUUGAAGACGCUGGAAGCGAUGAGAAGGUGGCCAAUAUUUCAGACCUGAAGCCAGGGAUUCAAUAUAAGGUCACCCUGAGUCUUAUAGAAUCAAAUGAGACACAGAGAGAGUCCCUGGUUAUAGGAAAUGGCUCAGAUGCCAUCAGCACAGAGAGCCCUGCUGCCCCUGUUUACAAAUACACACUUGAACCUGAAGACACAUCCUCUGUCCAUGCUCUGACUGGCGACACGAAGGUCCUGAUCCUCAGGUUAAAGUCUGACACAGAGUACAACGCCACUGUUUAUUCGCGAGCACCCGAUGGCAAAGAAGGACAGCCCCUGGAGAUAGGAUUCAGGACAAAGUCCAGUCUCGUUUUCGACAUUGAAGCUGCAAAUAUCAGUGCCACGGGCAUGACCCUGACCUGGAAAAUCAAUGAUGAUGAGCCGUCUUCUUUCUACACCUUCAAGAUACAAGUUGCUGGGCAGACCAGUUCCCUCAACCUCACUGUCAACGAGACUCAAGCUGUUAUCACUUCACUCAGCCCGAGCACCUUGUACAACAUCACAGUGCAUCCUUUCCUUAACGGCAGUGCCGAGGGCAUACCUGGCUUCCUCCAAGUGUACACCCGCCCUGAUCCAGUUUCCAACUUUCGAGUGACAAAUGUUACCACCAGGGCUAUCGGCUUAGCUUGGAGCAGCAACUACUCAGAUUUCUUUAAGAUACUCAUCACACAGGAUGAAGGUGGAAAACCUCUGGAGGAAGAAACCACCAACCAAGGUAGUAUUGUCAUCGAGGACUUACACCCGGGAACCAAGUAUUGUUUUGAAAUAUUUCCACAAGGACCAAAUGGGACUGAAGGGGAUCCCCAGACAGUUUGCAAUACAACUGACCCCAGCGCAGUGUUUAACAUCUCCGUGGUCUAUGUCACCACAACCGAAAUGCAGUUGCGGUGGCAGAGUACAGACAUUGCUUCUGAGUACAUCUAUCAUCUGGACAUAGUUUCCAAGCACAGCUCUGACCAGGUCAACAGCUCUCGCAAAGAGAUCACUCUCAGAGGCCUGACCCCGGGCACCUUAUAUAACAUCACCAUCAUUCCAGAAGUGAACAAUAUCAAGGGGGACUCCAACACCACUGCACAGUACACACGGCCCAGCAAUGUGUCUAACCUUGAAGUAAAUACUAAUACCACAGCAGCAACAUUCAGCUGGCAGAACUUGGAUGAAGCCUCUUCCACGUACACCUACCGCCUUAUUAUUGAGCAGGGUGGAAAUUCCAGCGAGGAAGCAAAAGAAGUCACAGUCAUUGGCAUCACCUAUGCCACCGUCACUGAAUUAAUACCUGGCUCGUGGUACACAGUAAAGAUCUUCACCCAAGUCGGGGAUGUCAUUGAGUCCCUGGAACCUGACCGGCAGUCAUUCUGUACAGAACCUGCACCAGUGGCCUCUUUCCACUGUGAAGUGGUCCCCAAGGAGCCAACCUUGGUUCUCAAGUGGGCCUGCCCUCCUGGUACCAGCACAGGCUUUCAGCUGGAGGUCAGCAGAGGAGAUUGGAAAAAUAUGACACUCCUGGAGGGCUGCUCUUCGGAGAAUCUCACUGAGUACAGGACGGAAGUCACAUAUUUGAAUUUUUCUACCUCGUAUGACAUUAGCAUCACUGCCUUGUCCUGUAACAAGACAGCACCCGCCACCCAAAACACCUGCCUCACAGGCAUCACAGACCCCCCUUCUCCAGAUGAAUCUCCUAAUAUUACAUCUGUCAGCCACAAUUCGGUAAAGGUCAAGUUCAGUGGGUUUGAAGCCAGCCACGGACCCAUCAAAGCCUAUGCUCUUAUUCUCACCACUGGGGAAGAUGUUUCCCCGUCUGUAGAUGUUUUGAAUCAUACAUAUGAAGAUUUCAAAAAGGGGUUCUCGGAUACUUACGUGACAUACCUCAUAACAACAGAAGAAGAAGGACAUUCUCAGGGCUUGUCUGAAGACUCGAAAUACGAAAUCAACGUUGGGAAUGAAUCAACCACGCAAGGCUAUUACAACGGGAAGCUGGAGCCCCUGGGCUCCUAUCGGGCUUGUGUGGCUGGCUUCACCAAUAUUACCUUUAAACCUACGAAUGUUGGACUCAUAGAUGGGGCCAGGAGCUAUGUGUCCUUCAGCCGCUAUUCAGAUGCUGUUUUCCUGCCCCAGGAUCCAGGUGUCAUCUGUGGAGCAGUUUUUGGAUGUAUCUUUGGUGCCAUGGUUAUUGUGGCUGUUGGAGGCUUCAUCUUCUGGAGAAAGAAAAGGAAAGAUGCAAAGAACAAUGACGUGUCCUUUUCUCAAAUUAAACCUAAAAAAUCCAAGUUGAUCAGAGUGGAGAAUUUUGAAGCCUAUUUUAAGAAACAGCGAGCUGACUCCAACUGUGGGUUUGCAGAAGAAUAUGAAGAUCUGAAGCUUGUUGGAAUUAGUCUGCCUAAAUAUGCAGCUGAACUGGCUGAGAAUAGAGGAAAGAAUCGCUAUAAUAAUGUUCUGCCCUAUGAUAUUUCUCGUGUCAAACUUUCAGUCCAGACCCAUUCAACGGAUGACUACAUCAAUGCCAACUACAUGCCUGGCUACCAUUCCAAGAGAGAUUUUAUUGCCACACAAGGACCUUUACCCAACACUUUGAAAGAUUUUUGGCGUAUGGUUUGGGAGAAAAAUGUAUACGCCAUUGUUAUGUUGACCAAAUGUGUUGAACAGGGAAGGACCAAAUGUGAGGAAUACUGGCCUUCCAAGCAGGCUCAGGACUAUGGGGACAUAACUGUGACAAUGGCAUCUGAAAUUGUUCUUCCUGAAUGGACCAUCAGAGACUUUACAGUGAAAAAUAACCAGACUAGUGAGAGUCACCCUCUGCGACAGUUCCACUUCACCUCCUGGCCUGACCACGGCGUUCCCGACACCACUGACCUGCUCAUCAACUUCCGGUAUCUUGUUCGUGACUACAUGAAGCAGAGUCCUCCCGAAUCGCCAGUUCUGGUGCAUUGCAGUGCUGGGGUUGGAAGGACGGGCACUUUCAUUGCCAUCGAUCGUCUGAUCUAUCAGAUAGAGAAUGAGAACACUGUAGAUGUGUACGGGAUUGUGUAUGACCUUCGAAUGCACAGGCCCUUAAUGGUGCAAACAGAGGACCAGUAUGUUUUCCUCAAUCAGUGUGUUUUGGAUAUCAUCAGAUCCCAGAAGGACUCAAAAGUAGAUCUCAUCUACCAGAACACAACUGCAAUGACAAUCUAUGAAAACCUCGCCCCAGCGACCACGUUUGGAAAAACGAAUGGUUACAUCGCCUGAUUCCAAAGGAUAACCUUUCCGGAGUUCACGAGGCCAUCACACCCACAGCACAGGAAAACGCCUCGAUGUUGACAUGUUUCUAUAUGUCCAGUAUCUUAAUUCCUUGUUCUGUUCUUUAGAAGUCAUUGAGGGUAUGAAGCUGUACACAUAACAUGACGGCAGAUGAGAAAGCUAGCGCUGCCCGGGGCUGUGGAUGGACGGCGAGCAAAUCAACCACAUUCCUGGUGACCAGUGGGAUGAGCUCACUUUUUUUUUUUUCUUGAGAAUUACGGAGAACCAGGAAAAGUGAGCUAUGAUUUUUUUUUUCUUUUUCAAAACAGAUUUUUUUUUUUUUAAAGACUAUUUUAUAUGAUCCACAUGCUAAAGCCAGGAUUGUGUUGGGUUGAAUAUAUUUUAAGUAUCAGAGGUCUAUUUUUACCUACUGUAUCUUGGAAUCUAGCUGAUGGAAAGCAUGUAACUGUGGAUGAUUAUCACUUCGGGAGGGGAACGUGGCGCCUCUCCUGCCUGGGUUUUCUAUUUGAACAUGUGCCUUUUCUGAAUUAUGCUUCCACAGGCAAAACUCAGUAGAUAUCUAUAUUUUUGUAUUGAAUCUCUUAAUUGGAAUAUGUGGAAUAUUUAAACGGUAGUGUAGUAUCAGAAGUUCAGCCUUCUCAAUAACAUUCCUGUUCUUGCCGGAUGAGAGGAGGCUUCCCCACCCCAACUCCCCCCCCCCCGCCCCGCCUCGUUUUGUGCUAUAUUCUCUCUUCCCUCUUCCCUCCCAGUUUUCCCCAAAGACACAACUGUUGGUCACAUUUUCAGCCCACCGGUUGAGUGAGAGUGGAAGCUAUCACCUCGAGAAUUUCUGGGGGGGAAGCAAAGGAACCCCUACAGUAAUGCACGCUCCUUUUCUUGUCCCUGUUUUAUGCUUUUUCUCACGUCGUAUUUGGUAAGAAGGAUUAUUUAAAGGUGCAAUAUGUGACUUAGUGAUUCAUGAUACUCUAGAUUUUUAGUAAUGUUUUACUCAGGUUGGCAUUUUAUGUGUGUUUGUGUUUCCGUGUCCGUGUGUGUGUGUUUAAAAGUGUGGCAAUCUGUGAACACUUCUUUGUGAAAAAACAGUGUCAAAUUAAUCCCUCCUUCAAAGUCCACUGGCUUUAGUCUGUCUGCAAUGACACAUAUCGCUAUCUACUGUGUAUAUAUAUACAUAUAUAUAUGUGUGUAUGUGUAUAUAUAUGUAUAUAUACACUAAACUCUUAAAAACAGUCAUUCCUUUGAAAUGAGAUGUACAAAGUUUGAAUUUGUAUCAAAGAUGUAAUUAUUAUUUUUAAAACCUUUUCACUAUACUGCUGCUGUAAUUACUUUGAUUUUAAAAAAAAUGUAGAUUAACUUUUUUUUUUUUUUGCUUCAGGUGUAUAUCCACCAAGAAUUUCAGAAUUUAUGUGGAUUUAUUUUAUUGGUACAUAAUCUGUAAACUUCUCAAGGCAUUAACAUGGAAGGAUUUGUUUCUUUUUAUUUCUUAUUGUGGCUCAGGUUAUAUUGUGAAGAAGUUUUGAGUUUAUCCUCCAACAGGCAAUGAAGUAUACAAGGUCUUCUGAAGGAGUUUUAUGAAGUCCCUGGAAGCCUGUGGCUGUUUGCUGCAGUCGUAAAUCCUGCUGUAAACUCAGGACGAAUGUGUCCUAUUGAAGAUGGAAGUGGGGUCUUCUCUCCGUGUGCCCUGGUUCCUGUGGACCUGUGGGGAGCCUGUCUCCUGACCCUGCCAUGCUCCUCAACUCACCGGCACUUUGAUGACUGACGGGACCUGUGAGUGGGUGUUUUAGGGCGGUGAAGGGUGAGCGAUGACAUACUGGCGGCCCCUGAUUAGUUUCAGAGGUUCAGUGCUGCAUGUCUUUGUUCCCCUUCCCCCUUGAGGUACUGAAAGGGUUAAAAGGGGAGGAGGUGGUGGCGUCAUGUUUUGGGAGGACCUUACUUCCCGAAUGGAAAUUGCACUUUUCUUCGCUGACGCCUUUGCUCCAUGUGGUAGUAAGCAGUUCAUUCGCUAUCUGGCCCUUGGAGGAACGGUUGGCCAGGCCAGACCAGGCCCUUUCAAUGCAGCUUCGGAGGGGCCUUUGGCUCUGUGGGUCUGAAUCAGGGAAGCCACACCGUCCCGGGGUGUGAGCGCAGCUAGUUUUGGCUGGAUUGCCUCCAAAUCUUGACACUCUUCAGCCCCUCAAAGCAGACAGACCUUGGAGAGUUCCAGAACUUCAUUCUGAGGUCCCUGUUCAGGUAGCUGUUCUGUGGGCCACACCCCUUCUCGCUCCAGUUUGUCAGGAAACCAUUGUGAUGGGUGUCUUGUUGUCAAAUCCCGGGAAAAUGCUGUCCCCUGCAUAGCAGUCAUCGCUGCCAUGAAGUGGGAGGGAAGGACUUGGCUCUAACAUUGUCUUUAAAAUUAAUGAAAA